AUGACUAAAGCGGCAGGGCUCCCGGCGGCUGUCUUGAAGGAGAUCAAGGACGCCAACUUCACGGCGCCCACGCCCAUCCAGGCACAGUGUUGGCCCAUCCUCAGCGCUGGCCACGACCUCAUUGGCAUCGCCAAGAGCGGCAGCGGCAAGACGUUGGCGCCGGGCAGCCCAAUCGCGAAGCUCCGUCGGCGGCCGACGCGCCCCGUGUCCGACGCCAUGGAGGGCCUGCUGCCGCGGCCCCCGGGGCGGAUCCGCAUGAUGCCGCGCCUGGAGGAGGCGGCGGCGCAGCUGGAGGACCUCCAGCAGAGCGACGAGCCGGAGGCCGCCAUGUCUCUGAUGACUCGCAUGGUCACCAUCGACGAGUCCAUGUUCAUCAGCCUCUUCCCCUUCGUUGCGGAGGAGACGCUGAUAACGCGGGAUAUGAUGGGCCGCACCCUGCUGCACUACGCGGCGGCGCUGGGCCGCUUGGGUGCUCUGUCGCUGCUGCUGGGCGCCAACGCCUGCGACCCCAACGCCAUGGACGACCGCGGGGACACGGCGCUGCACCUGGCGGCGGGCAACGGUGACAAGGGCGCCUGCCAGCUGUUGCUCUCCAACGCCCGGGUGGACCGCAGCCUGCAGGACGACGCCGGGCGCACGGCGCUGGACGUGGCGCACUCCGCGGCGGCGCACUACUUCGCCACCGAGGCGGUGCACGCCCUGGCGAUGUGA